UGUGCAUAUUUGCGAAAGCACACAAGUUGGUGUCAACGCUCACCUUUCUCUCAUCCAAAUUCCGACACAGGCGUGUGUUCAUUGUUGAAUCUUCCCAUUUCCUCAUCCAAAUUCCGACACAACUCUCUCUAGACUCUAGCCGCCAUUUGUUCUCCAUAUUACAAAACCCCCCUGCCUUCAUCUCUCUCUCUCUCUCUCUCUCUCUGUCUGGUCCGAUCUCUCUCGGACGCUCGCAAAUCUCUCAUCUUUAAAUUCAUAGUUUCUUCUCUUCCCUGCUCGUAAUCGCAAAUCGGCGGCUUCCCCAGCUCCAGGGCGUGUGUUGUUGGUUAUUAAAUGGCUCUUGUCCAGAGGAUUCCAGUUUCCUCUUCUAGUGUUCGGAAUUGGCAACAAGCCAGGACCACUAAUUUGAGUCCUGUUUGUUGUUUACAUUACAAGACUGCGUCUUCUUCUUCUUCUUCUUCUUCGCCGUUUACAGAGAAGCACUCUGUGGAGAGGUACCAGAGGGAUCAAUGGCUGUACAAGGCGGUUGAACCCACGCCGCCAUCGACUCCAUCUCCAUCGCCGUUUGAAGAUGAAGUCUUUGUUAGGGAAAACGACAUUGCGUCGCAGCUGCCUGAGCUGAAGAAGCUCUUGUCUGUGCUGAGAGAGAAGAGAGUUAAAGGCUGCAAAGGUGGUGAUUGUGGACCAGGAGAUGUGUAUCUCGUUGGGACAGGACCAGGAGAUCCUGAGCUUCUGACUCUUAAAGCUGUCAGAGUUAUUCAAAGUGCCGAUCUUUUGCUUUACGACAGGCUUGUCUCCAAUGAUGUCUUGGAGUUGGUUGCUCCUGAUGCUAGGCUUCUUUAUGUCGGCAAAACCGCUGGUUAUCAUAGCAGAACUCAGGAGGAGAUUCAUGAACUACUCCUAAGUUUUGCUGAAGCUGGUGCCACUGUUGUCAGGCUUAAAGGUGGAGAUCCUCUGGUCUUUGGACGGGGCGGGGAAGAAAUGGACUUUUUACAACAGCAAGGGAUUCGAGUUCAAGUUAUCCCAGGGAUUACUGCAGCAUCAGGGAUAGCAGCAGAGUUGGGGAUUCCACUAACACAUCGCGGUGUUGCAACUAGUGUGAGGUUCCUCACGGGACAUUCUAGGAAAGGAGGGACCGACCCUUUGUUUGUUGCAGAGAAUGCAGCUGACCCGGAUACAACACUUGUCGUUUAUAUGGGUUUGGGAACGUUACCUUCUCUAGCGCAAAAACUGAUGGACCAUGGUCUCCCUUGUGAUACACCAGCUGUUGCGGUUGAACGUGGAACCACUCCUCUACAGCGUACGGUUUUUGCUGAGCUUAAAGAUUUUGCAACUGAGAUUCAGUCAGCUGGAUUGGUGUCACCAGCGCUCGUCAUCAUAGGGAAAGUCGUCGAGCUCUCGCCUUUAUGGCCACAUUGCACGAAAUAAUCAUCCUGCCUUGUAGAGACCCGUUAGAUGCUUUCAUCGAUAUUACUGUGAAAUUCUAGGAGCUAUGAAGAUUGAGAGAUGUAAUAAACAAAAGGAAGGCUGAUAUUUUCUUGUGUCCGUGUCCUUCGAUUAAUUUGGGCAAUGCCAAUGUAAUAAACAAAGGCUUCAAACAGAGCCAAUAUCAAUGUUGGGGUAAAAUUUAGGAAAAGCCAAGGUGCGCCUAAAUUUUUCACUAGUUCAUUUAUUAAUGA